AUGGACGAAAAUGGGAUACCAUUGGAUCAAAGGAAUAGUUAUUAUCAACCAAAUGAAGCAGAUCCAAAUGCUGCAACUUUACAACAACAACAACAACAACAAUUUCAACAACUUCCUGAUAAUAAUAGAUAUUCAUUUCAUCAAAGAUCACCAUCAUUACUACCAGAUGAAGGAUUCUAUUUGUAUACUACGGCACCAGAGUAUAUUGCAUACUCUGAAUUGAAUAUGAAGGAAAAGAUAUUAGAGAAUAUGUUUGGUUAUACUGUACGUGGUAAAAAGGCUGCUAUUCCAGAUGGUUAUAUGGUCGAUUAUACGCGAUUUGGUCAACCCUAUCUAUUGGCACAUACUGACAAGACGGGAGGAGGUGAUAGUAAUGGUGAGCCGGUCGAUCCAACUGAUAUCUUGGCAGCUGAAGAACACCAAAAACACAAUUUGACAAUGCGAUGCACUACACAACAGAUCGAGGAAAAGUUUGGUAUUGGUAUCUAUCUCUACUUUGACUUUAUCAAGUUUUGUCUACUCAUCAAUUCCAUCUUACUAUGUGGUGUAUUGAUCAAUGUGGUGCCACAUCUCUACUAUGAAAAUGAUGUUAGUCUCUUUAAAGACUUUACGUCGACCGAUAUGGUCUUUGUUGCCAUCAAUCUGGCAUCAUACAUUCACGAUGACUACAAACAACUCUAUUAUUGGUCUACUGUUGGUACUAUCAUCCUCUCCUUUUUAAUGGGUCCAAUCUACGCACUCAAAGUUCACCAUUACUUUAAAAAACAAAAACUAGAGGAUUUUGAAGAUGGAUUUACUGGUGACGAUGUCAUUCGUGGUAACGAAAGAGUUAGUUCAAGAUCACGUGCUUUUAGAUUUGCUGUUAGUUAUAGUGUAUUUAUCAUUCUCAUUGGUAUCUCUGCUAUUUGUACAGUAUAUGUUUUAAAAACUGUAAAUAAUUAUCAAUUUUUGGCUAAUAUUUUAACUACAUCAUUAGUUUCAGCAAUUAUACUUAGAGUAAUUAAUGUAAUUUAUGAAUUUAUGUGUCUUUAUUUAACAAAGUUGGAAGGUCAUAGAACUUGGACCAAUUUCAGAAAUCAUAAUACUCUUAAAUUAUUUGUAUUCAAGGUUAUCAAUGUAUUGGUACUCUACAUUUUACGUGAUAAAAUAUUUAGAGAUAUUACAGAUCAAGUGGUUCAAGCUGGUUGUCCACUUAUUGAUGUUGGUUCUCAAUUCUUUUUCAUUUUACUUAUGGAUUUAACUUUACAAAAUAUUUGGGAAAUUGUAUAUUCAGUUGGUAUGGCAAGAAUUGGUAGAUGUAUUGGAAAGAGAGGAAAGAAAUCAACAGAUUCUUAUAAACCAGAAUUUGAUUUGGCAGAAGAAUACCUUGAACUUUUAUACAGACAAUUUAUUGUUUAUUUGGGUAUUCCAAUCUAUCCAUUGGUAGCAGUGUUUGGUGUACUCUGUAAUCUUGCCGAAUUCUAUGUUGACAAGUUUAGAUUACUCAAAAUCUGUCGUCGCCCACAUCGUGUACAAGGUUCAAUGAAGAGAUUCCUUUCCUUUUAUCUAUUGAUCAUUGCUGUAGUGUCGGUCGUCUCUUAUCCCUACGGUUCCGGUUGGGUUUUGGUUCAAUUUGGUUUUGAUCGUGGUGAUUUAAAUGCCAAUUGUCCACAAUUAUUUAGUAAUAAUGCUACUCUUUUACUUGGUACUAAUCAAUUUGGUGGUUGGUAA